GGUGGAGAAAUGAAGCUGCUUUCAAGACUUUUGCUGUUGUCCUGCUUUUCUGUGACCCUAACAAGACAUGUUGACAGGACCAACACAAAUUCCAGACUCAACCCAUAUCAGAUAUGGAAUACAAAACAGUUUCCUGUGUGGAAGUACGGAGAUCCACGAUACAAAACCAGCUGGAGAGGUGGAGAAGUGAAGUUUGAUGUGAGUAAUGAUGCACCCACCUUGACCGGUGCCAAAAUCACCUUUACGAUUGACAUCGUGUUCCCUCAACACCAAAAACUCCGGUCUGACGGACGAGUGGUUUGGGCUGAAAACAUCACAAUCAAUGGCACGCAGCUCCGUGAGGGUGAACCUGUCUAUCCUGAAGGGAAUUUAGUGGAUGCAUUCCCUCACGCUCCUCUACACAAUCUCAGGGAUAAGAAACCUCCCUACGUCUUUGUGUGGAAAACCUGGGAGAAGUACUGGCAGGUGUGCGACGGCCCUUCCUCAUCACUGACUAUCGCCACAGAUGAUGUUCCUCUUGGCUCUUAUACGAUGGAUGUUGUCAUCUAUCACUACAGGAAGAGAGAUAAAUUUAUUCCUAUUGGUUAUGCCACCACGCAGUUCAGUAUCACAGAUCAGAUUCCCUUCUCUGUGUCCUUGACGCAAGUGAACGACAAAGAUGAAAAAGACCAGAAAUUCAUCCAGAAUAGGGCUGUGGCCUUCAGCAUCACCCUUCACGACCCCAGCCAAUACCUGAGCCAAUCAGAUGUCACCUUUAACUGGGAUUUUGGAGACCGCAGUGGGACUGUUAUCUCCAGAGAACUCACGGUCACCCACACUUACGUGACAUCUGGUACCUUCAGGCCCCGGAUUGUCAUCCAAGCAGCCAUACCGGAUCCAUCCUGUGCGCCAAAGCAGCCAACUGAAGCCAACCCUACAGCCUCUGUUGAUGAUACGCCUGAAACAACCGCAUCGGUCACCGAGAUGAUGUUGGAAGAAGACUCAGUUGAAGAUCAGGCACGAGUUAUAAUAAAGCGUCAGGCAGCAAACACAGACGGCUGUGUGAUUUACCGCUACGGAUCUUUCUCCACUGAGAUUGAAAUAAUCGAGGGCAUCGAGAGUGUGCAGAUUGUCCAGGUGGCUGUAGCUGAGGGUUUUUUGCUGACAGAGAUGGAGCGUAACAUUGUUGAUUUCACCGUUACCUGCCAAGGAAGCCCCCCCACUGAAGUGUGCACUGUGGUGUCAGAUGCAGACUGUCAUGUGCCGUUUAUGACCAUCUGCACUGCCGUAAGCCCCUCCGCAGACUGCCAGCUCAUCCUCAGGCACUCUUUCAAUGACUCCGGGAUCUUCUGUAUCAAUGUAUCUAUGACCAAUGAUGACAGUCUGGCAGUCGCAAACGCCAGGGUUAAUAUUAACAUAGCAGGUUCCAAGUUUGCAUCUGCAGGCGUGAUCGCUGUCAUAUCGGGAAUCUUGACUAUGGCGUCAGUGCUGGGCUCUGUGGCCUAUGCAUACAAGCGUCUUAAAGGCUAUCAAAAGCUGAUUGAAGCCCCAGCUGUGUGCCAGACUAAAAGUGCCGGUACAAGUUCUGUGCCAGUCCUGUUCUGGGGCCUGUUGAACCAGCAGACACCGGGUCAUAAAUGAGGAAUGGUGUGAGAUGUCUUGAGGUCUUUGCACAUAUAGUCCGAAAUUUUCGUAUGCGUUUUUUCUGUAUUUGGCGCUCGUUUGUACUGUGUCUCUGAAUUGUUAAGAAAGGGCUCUUGCAAUGCUUGCUAUGGAUGCGAAAAACGCAAAAAUCGAACCCAAAUCUUAUACAAGUUAGGAAUGAAUUCCCAGCCAUUCAUUUAUUUUCUAAUGCAAUUGAAUAAAAUAUGACAAUGUAUACAA